AUGUCUGACCUGGCUGUGGAGUUGACUGCGCCCAAUGGCGUCAAGUAUACCCAGCCCCUCGGCUUAUUCAUCAACAACGAAUGGGUCAAGUCCACCUCUGGCGAGAAGCUCGCCAGCAUAAACCCCACGGAUGAGAGCGAGAUCACGUCGGUCUACGCAGCUGACGCAGAGGAUGUUGACCUUGCUGUUAAGGCGGCACGCAAGGCAUUUAAGAACCCUGCAUGGCGGGACAUGCCAAGUGUCGAGCGUGCUGAGCUUCUGUUCAAGCUUGUUGCCCUAGUCGAGAAGAACAAGGAAGUGCUUGCUACCAUCGAGACCUGGGACAAUGGCAAGCCCUACUCAGUUGCCCGCGAUGAGGACUUGGGUGAGGUCGCCGGCACUCUCAAGUACUACGCAGGUUACGCAGACAAGGUCCAUGGUCAGGUCAUUGACACCACACCGGACAAGCUCGCCUACACAAUUCGCGAGCCCAUUGGCGUCUGCGGCCAAAUCAUCCCAUGGAACUACCCUCUGGCCAUGGCGGCAUGGAAGCUGGGCCCGGCUCUGGCUUGCGGCAACACUGUUGUUCUCAAGGCGGCAGAGCAGACCCCACUCUCUAUCCUUUACUUUGCCAACCUGAUCAAGGAGGCUGGAUUCCCGCCCGGCGUUGUCAACAUCAUCAACGGCCACGGUCGCAAGGCUGGUGCCGCUCUCGCUUCGCAUCCCGAUGUCGACAAGAUUGCUUUCACUGGAAGCACUCAAACUGGCCGUGAGAUCAUGAAGAUGGCUGCGGUUAACUUGAAGAACAUCACCCUGGAGACGGGCGGCAAAUCGCCGCUCCUCGUCUUCGACGACGCCGACCUCGAUCAGGCUGUCAAGUGGGCGCACAUUGGCAUCAUGUCCAACCAGGGCCAGAUCUGCACGGCCACCUCCCGCAUCCUCGUCCAGGAAGGCGUAUACGACAAGUUCGUUGCGGCUUUCAAGGACCACGUGAAGGCGACGAGCACGGUUGGCGAUCCCUUCCAAGACUCGACCUUCCAGGGCCCGCAAGUCACCAAGGCGCAGUAUGAGCGCGUGCUGUCGUACAUCGAGCAUGGAAAGUCGGAGGGCGCCACUCUUGUUGCCGGCGGUGAGCCGCACAAGAACGCCAACGGCAAGGGCUUCUUCGUCGCCCCCACGAUCUUCUCGGAUGUGAAGCCUGAGAUGAAGAUUUUCCGCGAGGAGGUCUUUGGGCCGUUUGUCGUCAUCACGUCGUUCAAGGCAGAGGAGGACGCGGUCGAUCAUGCCAACGACUCGACGUACGGCCUUGGCAGCGCUGUCUUCACCAAGGACAUCACCAAGGCGCACCGCGUGGCGCGCAAGAUCGAGGCGGGCAUGGUCUGGAUCAACAGCAGCAACGACAGCCACUACGCGAUUCCGUUUGGCGGUGUGAAGCAGAGCGGGAUUGGACGCGAGCUGGGCGAGGCCGGGCUGGAUGCGUAUACGAACAAAAAGGCGGUUCACGUCAAUCUGGGUACGUGGAUAUGA